CUCUGCCAUUCUCCAUAGCCCGGAGUUACAGGCACACUGAGAGAAGAGAGAAAAAAUAAACAGCACGAAAGUGAGAGAAAGAGAGAGCGCAAGUGACACAAAGUAACUAAUAAAACAAGACAAAUAUAAAGAGAGGUUCCACGCCUCGAGAACUUACGAGAGUACACGAAUAAGUUGAGUUUAGAAAGCGUGGUGGAAAACUUCUGGGCUGUGGCAGAAAGCUGUGGACCGCGGAGGAUGCCAGAGCAAAGGUGUUGAAGGAUUCAGGAAAGAACAAGGGCUGACACGGUCCACAUUAGGGGACAGGUGAAGAAGCAACACAUUCAGAGAUGGACGAUGACCAGGACACAAGAGAAGUACUUUUCCCACAGUGGAUGGGCGCUGAUAAGCAUGGGCUCACCAUUGAACAGAAAGGUCAAGGAGAGAUUUUUGUCAAAGAGGUGAAAGAUGAGUCACCUGCUGCUCAUACUGGAAAAGUACAUGAAGGUGACCAAAUUGUGGGGGCCACCAUUUACUUUGACAACAUGAGUUCAGAAGAAACAGCUGAGCUAUUGAAGACUCUAAACCGACAUAAGGUUGGAUUAAAACUACAAAACAAGGGUGGAGACAAAUCACCUUGCCGCUCUCCAAUGGGAACGUUGUCUUGGGAAGGACGUGGAAGUUUAGGAGGAUCAAGUUCAGACAUUCUCCUGAGUGGGGAUGAUGAAGACUACAAGAGAAUCUACAGUAAGAAGAUUAAACCUAGACUGAAGUCUGAAGACCUUGCUGAGGGUGUUGAUGUGCGCACAGAACGCCACAGCAGCACAAGCAGUGAUGGUUGCACCAUCACUACAAUCACUCGACGAAUAACUACCUACACAGUGGAUAUGCCUGGGGGCACUAGUCAGCAGAUUGAUCCCUCAAGCCCUGAGUUCAAAAUUCAGCUCUUGCAGCAUGAGCAGGCAGGGGGUGAUUCUUCACAAAUAAGAUUACCACACAGCAGCCUUGUUAGCAGUGAACACGGGGGUAUAAAUUUAGGGGACGUAUCUUUUGGUGGGCCCCAUGUCACUGGCUCAUCUGUGAAGCACUGUAGCACAGGAUCUAUCAGAACAACAAGUGAAUUAGAUGGUAGUGGGAGAGAGAUUACAAUUAAUGUGUCAGACACUGGAAUUUCAGAGGCAAGAGGACAAAGAAUUACAGAACAUUUUAUAAAGACUGAAACUUCUCCAGAUAGUGGUAAUUUCUCUGGCAGAGUAACCACCGGCUUAGAAAAACAAGUGGGAAAUAUUUCUUUACCAGUAGAAGCUAGUUUUAAAGCUUCAAGUACGAUAGGAGGAACAGUAAAGGGCUCUGUUCUGGAAACGCAUGCUUCAGGCUUUUCCAUAAUUGGAGGAUCUAAGGGCAGUAUUGGCAGAGGAUCUUCUUCUGAAGUUCUUAAGGAUGGGUCUGAUGAUCAAACCAAGCUGUCUAAGUUUAGCAUAGAUGUCCAGAGACCCAAAGUAAACAUCAAACGUUCAGAAGCAGAUAUCAGCCAGGGUUCUGAUUUUGCUAUUCCAGACAUAGACAGUAAAGCCAAAUUACCAAAAGUUGAAACUAGUGGAUCAAUUGUUCACUUUGAGGAAAUUGGUGGUGAAUUCAAGCUACCCAAUGUGAAAGGCUCAAAACAGUUUACUGUAGAAGGUCCAAAUGUAGAAGCGAAUUUUAACAAUCAAAAUCUGAAAGAUGUUAGUCAGAGAGGUUUUAGCUUAACUGGAAAUCAGGAUUUACCACAUCCAUCAUUUAGAAUGAAAGGCACUAAUUUAGAUAACUCCAAUUUGGGUGCUGGUAUGGACAUCAGUGGUCCAGAGCUUCAAGUACAAAAAUGUGAAAUUAAUGUCGAAGAUACCCAGUUUGAUAUGCCUUCAGUCACUGGCCAGGGAAUUUCAAUGCCAGAUGUAGACUUAAAUCUGAAAGGACAAAAAAGUGGUGUUAACGUGUGUGUUCCAAAUAUUGAAAGCAAUGUUGUGACACCAAAAGUUGAAGUCAAAGGACAAAGUCUUGAGGGUGUAAAGGAUGGCUUUAUGAUGAAGGGUCCCAAUAUUGAUGCAAAUGCUGCAAAUGCUAAAAUCAAGAUUAAAACCCCAAACAUUGACAUGAAGACUCAAGAGUUUAACAUUGAAGGACCUGAAAGAAAGUACAAUGUUUCAAAUGUCAAGGUACCAUCAAUUUCUGGUACAUCUGUGCAAGAUAUGAACAUCACAGGACCAGCAAUGAAAGGGGACAUCAGCAUUUCUGCUCCAAAAGUGGAAGGAGAUAUUAAAGCACCUUCCAUUGGCAUCAAAGGUCCAAAAUUGACGGGUACUUAUGUAGACCUAAAUCUUCCUAAAGCAGAAAUUGAAAAGAAGCAAUCAGAUGUACAAAUUAGGCUUCCCUCAAAGCUUGACAUUGAGGGAGCAGGUGGAAAAAUCACAUACCCAGAAUUCAAGAAGACAUCAGUCUCUGGGCCGAAUAUUUCUAUGCCAGAAGUCAACUUCAACCUCAAAGGUCAGAAACUGAAAGGCAGUGUUGACACAUCUGUUCCGAAAGUGGAAGGACAUAUUAAAGAACCAAAAGUAGCAGUUGAAAGAUCAGACAAUCCUGAGGGGGCUUUUGGGAUGCCAGUAUUUGGGUUCAAGGGACAAAAAGUGGAGGCUCCAGGUGUUGAUGUGAAAAUCUCCAAAGCUGAUGUUGAACUUAAGGAAUCAAAUUUGGGCAUUAAAGCUUCAAAGCUUGACACUGAGGGAUCUGAUGGAAAAAUCAAAGACAAUGAAAUCACUAUGCCUUCUUUCUCUGGGCCAAAGAUUUCUAUCCCAGGCGCUGAUUUUAACCUGACAGGCCCUAAACUAAAAGGAGAUGUUGAUGUGUCCCUUCCAAAAUUUGAAGGAGAUAUUAAAGCACAUGAUGUGGACUAUAAAGCUCCAAAAUAUAACAUCGAGGGACCUGAGGGGAAACUUGAGAGCCCUGAAUUCAAUAUACCAUCAGUAUCUGGGCCAAAUAUUUCCAUGCCAGAUGUUGACUUAAAUCUUAAUGGUUCGAAACUGAAAGGUGGUAUUGAUGUUUCUUUUUCGAAAGUGGAAGGGGAUAUCAAAGCACCAAAAGUUGAAAUUGAAGGCCCGGACAUGGAUGGUCCUGAGGGUGGCUUUAAGAUGCCAAAGAUCAAAUUGCCAAAAAUUGGAUUCAAAGGUUCAAAAGUGGAAGGUUCAGACAUGGAUGUGAAAAUCCCCAAAGCUGAUAUGAAUGUUUUUGUACCUGAUGUGGACAUCAAAGCUCCAAAAGUUGAUGUUGAGGGAGCUGAGGGGAAAAUCAAGGACCAUAAAUUCAAUAUGCCAUCAAUAUCUGGCUCAAAUAUUACCAUGCCAGAUGGAUUUAACCUUAAAGGUCCGAAACUCAAAGGUGAUAUUGAUGUUUCUGAUUUAAAAGUGGAAGGAGAUAUUAAAGCACCAAAAGUUGAAGUCGAGAGCUCAGAUGUUGAAGGACACGAGGGUGGUUUUAAGAUGCCAAAGAUCAAAAUGCCAAAAAUUGGAUUCAAGGGUCCAAAAGUGGAAGGUCCAGACAUGAAUGUGAAAAUUCCCAAAACUGAAAUAGACAUCAAGGCACCAGAUGUAGACAUUAAAGCUUCAGAGCUUGACAUCGAAGGACCUGAGGGAAAAGUAAAGACACCUUAUUUGAAGAUGCCAUCAAUAUCUGGGCCAAAUAUUUCUAUGCCAAAUGUUGAUUUUAACCUGAAAGGUCCGAAACUGAAAGGUGAUGUUGAUAUGUCUGUUCCAAAAGUGGAAAAAGAUAUUAAGGUACCUGAUGUGGACAUUAAAGCUCCAAAAGUUGACAUUGAGGGACCUGAGGGGAAAAUCAAGGGCCCAAAAUUCAAUAUGCCAUCAAUAUCGGGCCCAAAUAUUUCCAUGCCAGAUGUUGAUUUUAACCUCAAAGGUUCGAAACUGAAAGGUGAUGUUGAUGUUUCUGUUCCAAAAGUGGAAGGAGAUAUUAAAGCACCAAAAGGUGAAAUUGAAGUCUCAGAUGUUGAAGGACCCGAGGGUGGUUUUAAGAUGCCAAAGAUCAAAAUGCCAAAAUUUGCAUUCAAGGGUCCGAAAGUGGAAGGUCCAGAUGUCGAUGUAAAAAUCCCCAAAACUGAUAUUGACAUUAAAGCACCUGAUGUGGACAUUAAAGGUCCAGAGCUUGACAUUGAGGGACCUGAGGGAAAAGUCAAGGGCCCACAAGUUGACAUUGAGGGACCUGAGGGAAAAUUUAAGGGACCUAAAUUCAGUAUGCCUUCAAUAUCUGGACCAAAUAUUUCUAUGCCUGAUGUUGACUUUAACCUUAAAGGUCCAAAACUGAAAGGUGAUGUUGAUGUUACAGUUCCAAAAGUGGAAGGCGAUAUUAAAGCACCAAAAGUCGAAAUUGAAGGCCCAGAUGUUGAAGGACCUGAGGGUGGUUUUAAGAUGCCAAAGAUCAAAAUGCCAAAAUUCGGAUUCAAGGGUCCAAAAGUGGAAGGUCCAGACAUGGAUGUAAAAAUCCCCAAAACUGAUAUUGACAUUAAAGCACCUGAUGUGGACAUUAAAGCUCCAAAAGAUUACAUUGAGGGACCUGAGGGGAAAAUCAAGGGCUCUAAAUUCAGUAUGCCAUCAAUAUCUGGCCCAAAUAUUUCCAUGCCAGAUGUUGACUUUAACCUCAAAGGUUCGAAACUGAAAGGUGAUAUCAAUGUUUCUGUUCCAAAAGUGGAAGGAGAUAUUAAAGCACCAAAAGUUGAAAUUGAAGGCCCAGAUGUUGAAGGACCUGAGGGUGGUUUUAAGAUGCCAAAGAUCAAAAUGCCAAAAUUCGGAUUCAAGGGUUCAAAAGUGGAAGGCCCAGACAUGGACGUGAAAAUCCCCAAAACUGAUAUUGACAUUAAAGGACCUGAUGUGGACAUUAAAGCUCCAGAGCUUGACAUCAAGGGACCUGAGGGAAACAUCAAGGGCCCUAAAUUGAAAAUGCCUUCUUUCUCCGGGCCAACAAUUUCUAUGCCAGAUGUUGAUUUUAACCUGAAAGGCCCGAAACUGAAAGGUGAUGUUGAUGUGUCUGUUCCAAAAGUGGAAGGAGAUUUAAAGGUUCCUGGUGUGGACAUUAAGGCUUCAAAAGUUGACAUUGAGGGACCUAAUGAGGGGAAAAUCAAGGGCCCUAAAUUCAGUAUGCCAUCAAUAUCUGGGCCAAAUAUUUCCAUGCCAGAUGUUGACUUUAACCUCAAAAGUCCAAAACUGAAAGGUGAUGUUGACGUUUCUGUUCCAAAAGUGGAAGGAGAUAUUAAAGCACCAAAAGUUGAAAUUGAAGGCCCAGAUGCUGAAGGACCUGAGGGUGGUUUCAAGAUGCCAAAGAUCAAAAUGCCAAAAUUCGGAUUCAAGGGUCCAAAAGUGGAAGGCCCCGACAUGGAUGUGAAAAUCCCCAAAACUGAUAUUGACAUUAAAGGACCUGAUGUGGACAUUAAAGCUCCAGAGCUUGACAUCGAGGGACCUGAGGGAAACAUCAAGGGCCCUAAAUUGAAAAUGCCUUCUUUCUCCGGGCCAACAAUUUCUAUGCCAAAUGUUGAUUUUAACCUGAAAGGUCCGAAACUGAAAGGUGAUGUUGAUGUGUCUGUUCCAAAAGUGGAAGGAGAUUUAAAGGUCCCUGGUGUGGACAUUAAGGCUCCAAAAGUGGACAUUGAGGGACCUAAUGGGGGGAAAAUCAAGGGCCCUAAAUUCAGUAUGCCGUCAAUAUCUGGGCCAAAUAUUUCCAUGCCAGAUGUUGACUUUAACCUCAAAAGUCCGAAACUGAAAGGUGAUGUUGAUGUUUCUGUUCCAAAAGUGGAAGGAGAUAUUAAAGCACCAAAGUUGAAAUUGAAGGCAGAUGUUGAAGGACCUGAGGGUGGUUUUAAGAUGCCAAAGAUCAAAAUGCCAAAAUUCGGAUUCAAGGGUCCAAAAGUGGAAGGCCCAGACAUGGAUGUGAAAAUCCCCAAAACUGAUAUUGACAUUAAAGGACCUGAUGUGGACAUUAAAGCUCCAGAGCUUGACAUCGAGGGACCUGAGGGAAACAUCAAGGGCCCUAAAUUGAAAAUGCCGACUUUCUCCGGGCCAACAAUUUCUAUGCCAAAUGUUGAUUUUAACCUGAAAGGUCCGAAACUGAAAGGUGAUGUUGAUGUGUCUGUUCCAAAAGUGGAAGGAGAUUUAAAGGUCCCUGGUGUGGACAUUAAGGCUCCAAAAGUUGACAUUGAGGGACCUGAGGGGAAAAUCAAGGGCCCUAAAUUCAGUAUGCCGUCAAUAUCUGGGCCAAAUAUUUCCAUGCCAGAUGUUGACUUUAACCUCAAAAGUCCGAAACUGAAAGGUGAUGUUGAUGUUUCUGUUCCAAAAGUGGAAGGAGAUAUUAAAGCACCAAAAGUUGAAAUUGAAGGCCCAGAUGUUGAAGGACCUGAGGGUGGUUUUAAGAUGCCAAAGAUCAAAAUGCCAAAAUUCGGAUUCAAGGGUCCAAAAGUGGAAGGCCCAGACAUGGAUGUGAAAAUCCCUAAAACUGAUAUUGACAUUAAAGGACCUGAUGUGGACAUUAAAGCUCCAGAGCUUGACAUCGAGGGACCUGAGGGAAACAUCAAGGGCCCUAAAUUGAAAAUGCCGACUUUCUCCGGGCCAACAAUUUCUAUGCCAAAUGUUGAUUUUAACCUGAAAGGUCCGAAACUGAAAGGUGAUGUUGAUGUGUCUGUUCCAAAAGUGGAAGGAGAUUUAAAGGUCCCUGGUGUGGACAUUAAGGCUCCAAAAGUUGACAUUGAGGGACCUGAGGGGAAAAUCAAGGGCUCUAAAUUCAGUAUGCCAUCAAUAUCUGGGCCAAAUAUUUCCUUGCCAGAUGUUGACUUUAACCUCAAAGGUCCAAAACUAAAAGGUGAUGUUGAUGUUUCUGUUCCAAAAGUGGAAGGGGAUAUCAAAGCACCAAAAGUUGAAAUUGAAGUCCCAGAUGUUGAAGGACCUGAGGGUGGUUUUAAAAUGCCAAAGAUCAAAAUGCCAAAAUUUGGAUUCAAGGGUCCAAAAGUGGAAGGCCCAGACAUGGAUGUGAAAAUCCCCAAAACCGAUAUUGACAUUAAAGCACCUGAUGUGGACAUUAAAGCUCCAGAGCUUGACAUCGAGGGACCUGAAGGAAACAUCAAGGGCCCUAAAUUGAAAAUGCCGACUUUCUCCGGACCAACAAUUUCUAUGCCAAAUGUUGAUUUUAACCUGAAAGGUCCGAAACUGAAAGGUGAUGUUGAUGUGUCUGUUCCAAAAGUGGAAGGAGAUUUAAAGGUCCCUGGUGUGGACAUUAAGGCUCCAAAAGUUGACAUUGAGGGACCUGAGGGGAAAAUCAAGGGCCCUAAAUUCAGUAUGCCGUCAAUAUCUGGGCCAAAUAUUUCCAUGCCAGAUGUUGGCUUUAACCUCAAAGGUCCAAAACUAAAAGGUGAUGUUGAUGUUACUGUUCCAAAAGUGGAAGGAGAUAUUAAAGCACCAAAAGUCGAACUUGAAGGCCAAGACAUUGAGGGUCCUGAGGGUGGAUUUAAAAUGCCAAAGAUCAAAAUGCCAAAAUUCGGAUUCAAGGGUCCAAAAGUGGAAGGCCCAGACAUGGAUGUGAAAAUCCCCAAAACCGACAUUGACAUUAAAGGACCUGAUGUGGACAUUAAAGCUCCAGAGCUUGACAUCGAGGGACCUGAGGGAAACAUCAAGGGCCCUAAAUUGAAAAUGCCGACUUUCUCCGGGCCAUCAAUUUCUAUGCCAAAUGUUGAUUUUAACUUGAAAGGUCCGAAACUGAAAGGUGAUGUUGAUAUUGAUGUUUCUGUUCCAAAAGUAAAAGGAGAUAUUAAAGCACCAGAUGUGAAUAUUAAAACUCCACAAGUUGACAUUGAGGGACCUGAAGGAAAACUUAAGGGACCUAAAUUCCAAAUGCCAUCGCUAUCUGGCCCAAAUAUUUCCAUGCCAGAUGUUGACUUUAACCUCAAAGGUCCAAAACUGAAAGGUGAGGUUGAUGUGUCACUUCCAAAAGUGAAAGGAGAUAUUAAAGCACCAGAUGUGGAUAUUAAAACGCCACAAGUUGACAUUGAGGGACCUGAAGGAAAACUUAAGGGCCCUAAAUUCAGUAUGCCAUCAAUUUCUGGGCCGAGCAUUUCUAUGCCUGAUGUUGACUUUAACCUGAAAGGUCCAAAACUGAAAGGUGAUGUUGAUGUUUCUGUUCCAAAAGUGCAAGGAGAUAUUAGAGCACCAAAAGUCGAACUUGAAGGACCUGACAUUGAGGGUCCAGAGGGUGGCUUUAAGAUGCCAAAGUUCAAAAUGCCAAAAUUCGGAUUCAAGGGUCCAAAAGUGGAAGGUCCAGACAUGGAUGUGAAAAUUCCUAAAGCUGAUUUUGAGGUUAAGUCACCUGAUUUGGACAUUCAAUCUCCAGAGCUUGACAUUGAGGGACCUGACGGAAAAAUCAAGGGCCCCAAAUUGAAAAUGCCUUCUUUCUCUGGGCCAACAAUUUCUAUGCCUGAUGUUGAUUUUAACCUGAAGGGUCCAAAACUGAAAGGUGAUGUUGAUGUGUCUGUUCCAAAAGUGAAGGGAGAUAUUAAAGCACCAGAUGUGGACAUUAGAGCUCCACAACUUGACAUUGAAGGACCUGAAGGAAAACUUAAGGGCCCUAAAUUCCAGAUGCCAUCAAUAUCUGGACCAAAUAUUUCUAUGCCUGAUGUUGACUUUAACCUCAAAGGUCCAAAACUGAAAGGUGAUGUUGAUGUUUCUGUUCCAAAAGUGGAAGGAGAUAUUAAAGCACCAAAAGUCGAACUUGAAGGACCAGACAUUGAGGGUCCUGAGGGUGGCUUUAAAAUGCCAAAGUUUAAAAUGCCAAAAUUCGGAUUCAAGGGUCCAAAAGUGGAAGCUCCAGAUAUGGAUGUGAAAAUUCCUAAAGCUGAUUUUGAGGUUAAGUCACCUGAUUUGGACAUUCAAUCUCCAGAGCUUGACAUUGAGGGACCUGACGGAAAAAUCAAGGGCCCCAAAUUGAAAAUGCCUUCUUUCUCUGGGCCAACAAUUUCUAUGCCUGAUGUUGAUUUUAACCUGAAGGGUCCAAAACUGAAAGGUGAUGUUGAUGUGUCUUUUCCAAAAGUGAAGGGAGAUAUUAAAGCACCAGAUGUGGACAUUAGAGCUCCACAACUUGACAUUGAAGGACCUGAAGGAAAACUUAAGGGCCCUAAAUUCCAGAUGCCAUCAAUAUCUGGACCAAAUAUUUCUAUGCCUGAUGUUGACUUUAACCUCAAAGGUCCAAAACUGAAAGGUGAUGUUGAUGUUUCUGUUCCAAAAGUGGAAGGAGAUAUUAAAGCACCAAAAGUCGAACUUGAAGGACCAGACAUUGAGGGUCCUGAGGGUGGCUUUAAAAUGCCGAAGUUUAAAAUGCCAAAAUUCGGAUUCAAGGGUCCAAAAGUGGAAGCUCCAGAUAUGGAUGUGAAAAUCCCUAAAGCUGAUUUUGAGGUUAAGUCACCUGAUUUAGACAUUAAAGCUCCAGAGCUUGACAUUGAGGGACCUGAGGGAAAAGUCAAGGGCCCCAAAUUGAAAAUGCCUUCUUUCUCCGGGCCAACAAUUUCCAUGCCAGAUGUUGAUUUUAACCUGAAAGGUCCAAAACUGAAAGGUGAUCUUGAUGUUUCUGUUCCAAAAGUGGAAGGAGAUAUGAAAGCACCAAAAGUCGAACUUGAAGGACCAGACAUUGAGGGUCCUGAGGGUGGCUUUAAGAUGCCAAAGUUCAAAAUGCCAAAAUUUGGAUUCAAGGGUCCAAAAGUGGAAGCUCCAGACAUGGAUGUGAAAAUCCCUAAAGCAGAUUUUGAGAUUAAGUCACCUGAAUUGGACAUUAAAUCUCCAGAGCUUGACAUUGAGGGACCUGAAGGAAAAGUCAAGGGCCCCAAAUUGAAAAUGCCUUCUUUCUCCGGGCCAACAAUUUCUAUGCCAGAUGUUGAUUUUAACCUGAAAGGUCGGAAAAUGAAAGGUGAUGUUGAUGUGUCCGUUCCAAAAAUGGAAGGAGAUAUAAUGGUCCCUGGUGUGGACAUUAAAGCUCCAAAAGUUGACAUUGAGGGGCCUGAGGGAAAACUUAAGGGCCCUAAAUUCAGUAUGCCAUCAAUAUCUGGGCCAAAUAUCUCUAUGCCAGAUGUGGAUUUUAACCUCAAAGGUCCGACACUGAAAGGUGAUGUUGAUGUUUCUGUUCCAAAAGUGCAAGGGGAUGUCAAAGCACCAAAAGUUGAAAUUGAAGGCCCAGAUGUUGAAGGACCCGAAGGUGGUUUUAAGAUGCCAAAGAUCAAAAUGCCAAAAUUUGGAUUCAAGGGUCCAAAAGUGGAAGGUCCAGAUGUCGAUGUAAAAAUCCCCAAAACCGAUAUUGACAUUAAGGCACCUGAUAUGGAAAUUAAAGGUCCAGAGCUUGACAUUGAGGGACCUGAGGGAAAAGUCAAGGGUCCUAAAUUCAGUAUGCCAUCAAUAUCUGGCCCAAAUAUUUCCUUGCCAGAUGUUGACUUUAACCUCAAAGGUCCAAAACUGAAAGGUGAUGUUGAUGUUUCUGUUCCAAAAGUGGAAGGAGAUAUUAAAGCACCAAAAGUCGAACUUGAAGGCCCAGACAUUGAAGGUCCUGAGGGCGGCUUUAAGAUGCCAAAGUUCAAAAUGCCAAAGUUUGGAUUCAAGGGUCCAAAAGUGGAAGGUCCAGACAUGGAUGUGAAAAUCCCCAAAGCUGAUUUUGAAGUUAAGUCACCCGAUUUGGACAUUAAAUCUCCAGAGCUUGACAUUGAGGGACCUGAAGGAAAAGUCAAAGGCCCCAAAUUUAAAAUGCCUUCUUUCUCUGGGCCAACAAUUUCCAUGCCAGAUGUUGACUUUAACCUCAAAGGUCCAAAACUGAAAGGUGAUAUUGAUGUUUCUGUUCCAAAAGUCAAAGGAGAUAUUAAAUCACCUGAUGUGGAUAUUAAAACUCCACAAGUUGACAUUGAGGGUCCUGAGGGAAAACUUAAAGGCCCUAAAUUCCAGAUGCCAUCAAUUUCUGGACCAAAUAUUUCUAUGCCCAAUGUUGGCUUUAACCUUAAAGGUCCAAAACUAAAAGGUGAUGUUGAUGUUUCUGUUCCAAAAGUGGAAGGAGAUAUUAAAGCACCAAAAGUCGAACUUGAAGGCCCAGACAUUGAGGGUCCUGAGGGUGGAUUUAAAAUGCCAAAGAUCAAAAUGCCAAAAUUCGGAUUCAAGGGUCCAAAGGUGGAAGGUCCAGAUGUCGAUGCAAAUAUUCCUAAAACUGAUAUUGAUAUUAAAGCACCUGAUGUGGACAUUAAAACUCCAGAGCUUGACAUUGAGGGACCUGAGGGAAAAGUCAAGGGCCCCAAAUUGAAAAUGCCGUCGUUCUCAGGGCCAACAAUUUCUAUGCCAGAUGUUGAUUUUAACCUGAAAGGUCCAAAACUGAAAGGUGAUGUUGAUGUGUCUGUUCCAAAAGUGAAAGGAGAUAUUAAAGCACCCAAUGUGGACAUUAAAACUCCAAAAGUUGACAUUGAAGGACCUGAAGGAAAACUUAAGGGCCCUAAAUUCCAGAUGCCAUCAAUUUCUGGGCCAAAUAUUUCUAUGCCUGAUGUUGACUUCAACCUCAAAGGUCCAAAACUGAAAGGUGACGUUGAUCUUCCAAAAGUGGAAGGAGAUAUUAAAGCACCAAAAGUCGAACUUGAAGGUCCAGACAUUGAGGGUCCUGAGGGUGGCGUUAAGAUGCCAAAGUUCAAAAUGCCAAAAUUUGGAUUCAAGGGUCCAAAAGUGGAAGGUCCAGACAUGGAUGUGAAAAUACCCAAGUCUGAUUUUGAGAUUAAGUCACCUGAUUUGGACAUUAAAGCUCCAGAACUUGACAUUGAGGGACCUGAGGGAAAACUUAAGGGCCCUAAAUUCCAGAUGCCAUCAAUAUCUGGGCCAAACAUUUCUAUGCCUGAUUUUGACCUUAAGCUCAAAGGUCCAAAACUGAAAGGCGAUGUUGAUGUUACUGUUCCAAAGUUGGAAGGAGAUAUUAAAACACCAAAUGUCGAAUUUGAAGGCCCAGACCUUGAGGGUCCUGAGGGUGGCUUUAAGAUGCCAAAGAUUAAGAUGCCAAAAUUCGGUUUCAAGGGUCCAAAAAUGGAAGGUCCAGACAUGGAUGUAAAAAUCCCCAAAACUGAUAUUGACAUUAAAGCACCUGAUGUCGACAUUAAAGCUCCAGAGCUUGACAUUGAGGGACCUGAGGGAAAACUUAAGGGCCCUAAGUUCCAGAUGCCAUCAAUAUCUGGACCAAAUAUUUCCAUGCCUGAUGUGCUUAACCUCAAAGGUCCAAGACUGAAGGGUGAUGUUGAUGUUUCUGUUCCAAAAGUGGAAGGAGAUAUUAAAGCACCAAAAGUCGAACUUGAAGGCCCAGACAUUGAGGGUCCUGAGGGUGGCUUUAAAACAAAGAUCAAAAUGCCAAAGUUUGGAUUCAAGGGUCCAAAAGUGGAAGGUCCAGGUGAUGUAAAAAUACCCAAAACUGAUAUUGACAUUAAAGCACCAGAUGUCGACAUUAAAGCUCCAGAGCUUGACAUUGAGGGACCUGAGGGAAAAGUCAAGGGCCCUAAAUUGAAAAUGCCCUCUUUCUCUGGGCCAACAAUUUCUAUGCCUGAUGUUGAUUUUAACCUGAAGGGACCAAAACUGAAAGGUGAUGUUGAUGUGUCUGUUCCAAAAGUGAAAGGAGAUAUUAAAGUACCCGAUGUGGAUAUUAAAACUCCAAAAGUUGACAUUGAGGGACCUGAAGGAAAAUUUAAGGGCCCUAAAUUCCAGAUGCCAUCAAUUUCUGGACCAAAUAUUUCUAUGCCUGAUGUUGAUUUUAACCUCAAAGGUCCAAAACUGAAAGGUGAUGUUGAUGUCGAACUUGAAGGCCCAGACAUUGAGGGUCCUGAGGGUGGUUUUAAGAUGCCAAAGUUCAAAAUGCCAAAAUUUGGAUUCAAGGGUCCAAAAGUGGAUGGUCCAGACAUGGAUGUGAAAAUCCCCAAAGCUGAUUUUGAGGUUAAGACACCUGAUGUGGACAUUAAAUCUCCAGAGCUUGACAUCGUUGGACCUGAAGCCAAAGUCAAGGGCCCCAAAUUAAAAAUGCCUUCUUUCUCUGGGCCCAAAGUUUCUAUGCCAGAUGUUGAUUUUAACCUGAAAGGUCCAAAAAUCAAAGGUGAUUUUGAUGUGUCCGUUCCAAAAGUUAAAGGUGAUAUUAAAGCACCUGAUGUGGAUAUUAAAUCUCCUCAUGUUGACAUUGAGGGACCUGAGGGAAAACUUAAGGGCCCUAAAUUCCAGAUGCCAUCAAUAUCUGGGCCAAACAUUUCUAUGCCUGAUUUUGACCUUAAGCUCAAAGGUCAACUGAAAGGCGAUGUUGAUGUUACUGUUCCAAAAGUGGAGGGAGAUAUUAAAACACCAAAUGUCGAAUUUGAAGGCCCAGACCUUGAGGGUCCUGAGGGUGGCUUUAAGAUGCCAAAGAUUAAGAUGCCAAAAUUCGGUUUCAAGGGUCCAAAAGUGGAAGGUCCAGACAUGGAUGUAAAAAUACCCAAGACUGAUAUUGACAUUAAAGCACCUGAUGUGGACAUUAAAGCUCCAGAGCUUGACAUUGAGGGACCUGAGGGAAAAGUCAAGGGCCCCAAGUUAAAGAUGCCUUCUUUCUCUGGCCCAACAAUUUCUAUGCCAGAUAUUGAUUUUAACCUGAAAGGUCCAAAACUGAAAGGUGAUAUUGAUGUAUCUGUUCCAAAAGUGGAAGGAGAUAUAAAGGUUCCUGGUGUGGACAUUAAAGCUCCAAAAGCUGACAUUGAGGGACCAGAGGGAAAACUUAAGGGCCCUAAAUUCCAGAUGCCAUCAAUAUCUGGGCCAAAUUUUUCCUUGCCAGAUGUUGAUUUUAACAUCAAAGGUCCAAAAGUGAAAGGAGAUGUUAAAGCACCUGAUGUGGAUAUUAAAACUCCUGAAAUUGACAUUGAGGGAAGUGAGGGAAAAAUCAAGGGCCCUAAGUUUAGGAUACCAUCUGUCUCCAUGCCAAAGAUUUCUAUGCCAGAAGUUGAUUUCAAUCUGAAAGGACCAAAACUAAAAGGUGAUGUUGAUGUUUCCGUUCCAAAAGUGGAAGGAGACAUAAAGGCUCCCGAUGUUAAUAUCAAGGGUCCAGAGGUUGACGUAGAGGCACCUGAAGGGAAAAUUGCAGGCCCUAAAUUCAAGAUGCCAUCACUGUCAGGUCCAAACAUUUCUUUCCCAGAUGUUGACUUCAACUUGAAAGGACCUAAAAUAAAGGGUGGUGUUGAUGUGUCAGUUCCAAAAGUUGAAGGGGAUAUCAAAGCCACAGAUUUAAAAAUUAAUCUGCCAAAUCUUGAUGGUGAAAUGCCUGAAGGAAAAGUAAAGGGCCCAAAAGUUAAGAUGCCAUCUUUAUCUGGCCCUGAAGGCUCUGUUGAGGUUAAUUUACCAGAAACCAACGUGAAAAAACCAAAGUUCAAAAUGCCGAAGUUUAAAUUGCCAUCAUUUGGGCACAAAGGUCCAAAACUGGAAGGCCCGGAUAUUGAUGUAAAAAUUCCUAAGGCUGAUAUUAAAGUUAAAUCACCAGAUGUUGACAUUGACUCUUCAGAGCUUGACAUUGAGGGACCGAAGGGAAAAAUCAAGGGCCCCAAAUUUAGUAUGCCAACAAUUUCUGGUCCAAAGGUUUCAAUGCCAGAUGUUGAUCUAAACCUGAAGUCCAAACUGAAAGGUGAUGUUGAUGUUUCAGUUCCAAAAGUAGAAGGAAAUAUUAGUGUACCUGAUGUGGAUCUUAAAUCUCCAGAAGUGGACGUGGAGGGACCUGAGGGAAAAAUUAAGGGCCCCAAACUAAAAAUGCCAUCACUGUCAGGGCCAAAUAUUUCUAUGCCACAUGUUGACUUCAACCUCAAAGGCCCAAAACUGAAAGGUGAUGUUGAUGUUUCUGUUCCAAAAGUGGAAGGAGACAUUAAAACACCAAAAGUCGAACUGGAAGGCCCAGACCUUGAGGGUCCUGAGGGUGGCUUUAAGAUGCCAAAGAUCAAAAUGCCAAAAUUUGGAUUCAAGGGUCCAAAAGUGGAAGGCCCAGACAUGGAUGUGAAAAUCCCCAAAACUGAUAUUGACAUUAAAGGACCUGAUGUGGACAUUAAAGCUCCAGAGCUUGACAUCGAGGGACCUGAGGGAAAAGUCAAGGGCCCUAAAUUCAAAAUGCCUUCUUUCUCUGGCCCAACAAUUUCUAUGCCAGAUGUUGAUUUUAACCUGAAAGGUCCAAAACUUAAAGGUGAUAUUGAUGUGUCUAUUCCAAAAGUGGAAGGAGAUAUUAAAGCACCUCAUGUGGAUAUUAAAACUCCACAAGUUGACAUUGAGGUUCCGGAGGGAAAACUUAAGGGCCCUAAAUUCAGUAUGCCAUCAAUAUCUGGGCCAAAUAUUUCGAUGCCCGAUGUUGACUUUAACCUCAAAGGUCCAAAACUGAAAGGUGAUGUUGAUGUUUCAGUUCCAAAAGUGGAAGGAGAUAUUAAAACACCAAAAGUCGAAUUGGAAGGCCCAGACUUUGAGGGUCCAGAGGGUGGCUUUAAGAUGCCAAAGAUCAAAAUGCCAAAAUUUGGAUUCAAGGGUCCAAAAGUGGAAGGUCCAGACAUGGAUGUGAAAAUCCCCAAAACUGAUAUUGACAUUAAGGCACCUGAUGUGGACAUUAAAGCUCCAGAGCUUGACAUCGAGGGACCUGAGGGAAAAGUCAAGGGCCCUAAAUUCAAAAUGCCUUCUUUCUCCGGGCCAACAAUUUCUAUGCCAAAUGUUGAUUUUAACCUGAAAGGUCCAAAAUUAAAAGGUGAUGUUGAUGUCUCUGUUCCAAAAGUGGAAGGAGAUAUUAAAGCACCCCAUGUGGAUAUUAAAACUCCACAAGUUGACAUUGAGGGACCUGGGGGAAAACUUAAGGGCCCUAAAUUCAGUAUGCCAUCGAUAUCUGGUCCAAAUAUUUCCAUGCCAGAUGUUGAUUUUAACCUGAAAGGUCCGAAACUGAAAGGUGAUGUUGAUGUUUCUGUUCCAAAAGUUGAAGGAGAUAUUAAAGCACCCCAUGUGGAUAUUAAAACUCCACAAGUUGACGUUGGGGUACCUGAGGGAAAACUUAAGGGCCCUAAAUUCAGUAUGCCAUCAAUAUCUGGGCCAAAUAUUUCGAUGCCUGAUGUUGACUUUAACCUCAAGGGUCCAAAACUGAAAGGUGAUGUUGAUGUUUCAGUUCCAAAAGUGGAAGGAGAUAUUAAAACACCAAAAGUCGAACUGGAAGGCCCAGACUUUGAGGGUCCUGAGGGUGGCUUUAAGAUGCCAAAGAUCAAAAUGCCAAAAUUUGGAUUCAAGGGUCCAAAAGUGGAAGGUCCAGACAUGGAUGUGAAAAUCCCCAAAACUGAUAUUGACAUUAAAGGACCUGAUGUGGACAUUAAAGCUCCAGAGCUUGACAUCGAGGGACCUGAGGGAAAAGUCAAGGGCCCUAAAUUCAAAAUGCCUUCUAUCUCCGGGCCAACAAUUUCUAUGCCAAAUGUUGAUUUUAACCUGAAAGGUCCGAAACUGAAAGGCGAUGUUGAUGUGUCUGUUCCAAAAGUGGAAGGAGAUAUUAAAGCACCUGAUGUGGAUAUGAAAACUCCACAAGUUGACAUUGAGGGACCAGGGGGAAAACUUAAGGGCCCUAAAUUCAGUAUGCCAUCAAUAUCUGGUCCAAAUAUUUCCAUGCCAGAUGUUGAUUUUAACUUGAAAGGUCCGAAACUGAAAGGUGAUGUUGAUGUUUCUGUUCCAAAAGUGCAAGGGGAUAUCAAAGCACCAAAAGUUGAAAUUGAAGGCCCAGAUGUUGAUGGACCCGAGGGUGGUUUUAAGAUGCCAAAGAUCAAGAUGCCAAAAUUCGGAUUCAAGGGUCCAAAAGUGGAAGGUCCAGAUGUUGAUGUACAGAUCCCUAAAACUGAUAUUGAGAUUAAAGCACCUGAUGUGGACAUUAAAGCUCCAGAGCUUGACAUUGAGGGACCUGAGGGAAAAGUCAAGGGCCCCAAAUUAAAAAUGCCUUCUUUCUCUGGCCCAACAAUUUCUUUGCCAGAUGUUGAUUUUAACCUGAAAGGGCCAAAACUGAAAGGUGAUUUUGAUGCAUCUGUUCCAAAAGUGAAAGGAGAUAUUAAAAUACCUGAUGUGGAUAUUAAAAGUCCACAAGUUGACAUUGAGGGACCUGGGGGAAAAAUUAAGGGCCCUAAAUUCCAGAUGCCCUCAAUUUCUGGGCCAAAUAUUUCUAUGCCUGAUGUUGACUUUAACCUGAAAGGUCCAAAACUGAAAGGUGAUGUUGAUGUUUCUGUUCCAAAAGUGGAAGGAGAUAUUAAAGCACCAAAAGUCGAACUUGAAGGCCCAGAUAUUGAGGGUCCUGAGGGUUUUAAGAUGCCAAAGAUCAAAACAAAAUUUGGAUUCAAGGGUCCAAAAGUGGAAGGUCCAGAUGUGGAUGUGAAAAUCCCCAAAACUGAUAUUGACAUUAAAGCACCUGAUGUGGAUAUUAAAGCUCCAGAGCUUGACUUUGAGGGACCUGAGGGAAAAAUCAAGGGCCCUAAAUUUAAAAUGCCUUCUUUUUCUGGUCCAACAAUAUCUAUGCCAGAUGUUGAUUUUAACCUGAAAGGCCCAAACUGAAAGGCGAUGUUGAUGGUGUCUGUCCCAAAAGUGAAAGGAGACAUUAAAGCACCGGAUGUAGAUAUUAAAACUCCACAUGUUGACAUUGAAGCACCUGAGGGAAAACUUAAGGGCCCUAAAUUCCAGAUGCCAUCAAUAUCUGGGCCUAAUAUUUCUAUGCCUGAAGUUGACUUUAACCUGAAGGGUCCAAAACUGAAAGGUGAUGUUGACGUUUCUGUUCCAAAAGUGGAAGGACAUAUGAAAGCACCAAAAGUGGAUAUUGAAGGUUCUGAUUUUGAUGUAGAGGGUCCAGAAGCUGGCUUUAAGAUGCCCAAAUUGCCGUCCUUUGGACUCAAAGGGCCAAAGGUGGAGGGCCCAGAAAUUGGUGUGAAAGUCCCUAAAACCAAUAUUGAUGUCAAGGCUCCCGAUGUUGACAUUGAAUCUCCAGAUCUUAAUAUUGAGGGACCUGGUGGAAAAAUUAAGAGCCCUAAAUUCAAGAUGCCGACAGUUUCUGUUCCAAAGGUUUCCAUGCCAGAUGUUGACCUUAACUUAAAAGGUCCUAAACUGAAAGGAGAUGUUGAUGUUUCUGUACCCAAAAUGGAAGGGGAUAUUAAAGGAGGAAAAGUUAAAAUUGAAGGCCCAGGCUAUGAGGGUCCUGAGGGUGGUUUUAAGGUCCCAAAGAUGCCAUCGUUUGGACUGAAGGGUCCAAAAGUGGAAGGACCAGAUGUUGACAUAAAUCUCCCAAAAGCAGGUGUUGAUAUUAAAGGACCUGAACUUGAGGUCAAAACUCCUGAUCUUGAAAUUGAGGGACAAGGAGGAAAAAUCAAGGGUCCUAACUUCAAAAUGCCUUCUUUAUCUGGUCCACAGAUUUCUAUGCCAGAUAUUAAUAUCAAAGGCCCCAAAGUCAAGGGUGAUAUGGGGAUUUCCGGACCGAAGAUUGGAGGUGACCUAAAGUCUGCAGAAGUGGACAUUAAAGGUCCUAGUGUUGAUUUAGAGGGCCCUGAAGGUGGGCUAAAAAUGCCAAAGAUGAAAAUGCCAGCAUUCGGAUUCAAGGGUACAAAAGUGGACAGUCCAGAUAUUGACCUCAAUCUCCCGAAAACAGAUGUUGAGAUGAAAGUACCUGAAAUUGAUGUUAAAACCACUGAUCUUGACACCGAUGGACUUGGGGGUGGUCUAAAGAAUGUGAAGUUUCCAAAAUUUAAAGGUCCUCACUUUGGAAUUAAGACUUCAAGUGGCAGUCUUUCAGUUCCUGAACAGGAUAUUGAGGCAGCCAUAGAUGCCAAAAGCCCGGACGUUACCAUCAGUGGACCAGAUGCAAACAUAAAAGUGCCAAAAACUAAGAAAUCUAAAUUUUCACUUGGAGUUAAGAGCCCAAAGUUAAAUGCAGAUAUCCCUGAUGCUGGUGGUAAUUUGGAAGGACCUGACAUGAACAUAGAUGUCAAAGGAAAAAAGGGUAAAUUCAAAUUGCCAAAAGGGAAAGGGAAGUCUAAAACAUUUGAUGCUGAUUUAAAGACUGAAAUGGUCGAGUUGGACACAAAUGAACCUGAAAUUCACAUAAAGUCAACCAAAGUAAAGAAACCUUUUUUUGGAAAGUUACAUUUUCCUGAUGUUGAAUUUGACAUAAAAUCUCCAAAAGUUAAAGCUAGUUCAUCUGCAUCUGGAACCAUAAGAUCAUCUGAUGUUGAUUUGCCAUCGGCAAGCCUUAAAACUGACAUUAAGACACUAGAUGCUAGUUUGGACAGUCCAGAUUUGAAAACCAAAGGGGGGAAGAUAAAAAUGCCAAAAUACAGUAUGUCUGCCUCUAAACUAAAAACUCCUGAUCUGGAUGUUAGUGAUGCAACAUUGGAGAUUCCAGAGAAGACCAUGCAUUCUCCAGAUGUCCAUGUAGCAGGAUCAGGGACUAAUGGAAAACGCAGUGCUAUUGACAUAGAAGGAAAAGUACAAGGUGUUGAGUUGGCAGUGCCAUCUGCAAAUGUCCAUGGGGAGGCUUUUGAUGCUGAUUUAGGUAUCGCUGAACAAAAAGGGGUAAAAGGGAACAUUGGAAUAGCAGGCUUUAAUGUAGGAAGACAAAAGGAAGACACUGCAAGUGGGUUAGGCUUGAAGUCAGAUGCAUCAUCUGGUGAGAUAGAGAACCAAGAAGGUAAUCUAACAUUUCCUAAAAUCAAAGUACCAAAGUUUGGUGUUGCAUUGCCUAGAGUAGAACCAAGAGAAAUGAGAGUAGAUGUAGGUUCAGAUGAAUUGGCUGCUGGAGCUAAAGUUAGUUCUCAAGGUUUGGAAAUGCAGAAAACUGAUGUCAAAAGCAGUGGUGGCAAAGUGAAAGUAAAAAUGCCGAAGCUGUUUGUCAAAUCUAAAUCAAAAGGUGGCAGUGCAGCUGAUCUAACUGUUGGGGGAGAAGAUGCUGAUGCUACUAGUAAAGGUGCUGCUAAAGUGUCUAAGGAGUUGAGUCUUAGUUCUGGGGAACUGACAAGUGGCAAGUUAACAGUAGAGGGAAGCUCUGGAUUUAAAGUUUCUCCAAAGAGUAAAUCUGCCUCCCUUGACUUGUUCAAAAAGUCACGACAUCACUCAUCCUCUGUCAGUGAAGAGGGAGGCUUAGCUUCACCUGUUUCUACUGAAGGGCACUUACAGGCAGAAGGUGGCAACGUUUCUCUAGAUGUUGGAGACACUAAGGUUAAAGGCAAAAAAGGAAAGUUGAAGUUCUCUACAAUUGGAGGUUUUAGUUCAAAAAGUAAAGGUUCAUAUGAAGUGACUGAUGAAAGUGAGGUUAUGACCGAGGGUGCUGGUGGUGUUGCUCAGCCUUCAAAGAAGUCCAGAAUGUCAUCGUCAUCUAGCAGUGAUAGUGGUACAAAAGGUAGUUUUCGGUUACCGCAACUCGAAAUAUCAGUUUCACCAAAGAAAUAAGUUUUUACGUUGAUAUCUAGUACAAAUACAUUUUUUUUAUUAUGUAAGUCUAGAUGAUUAACGUAAAUCUGGCUUUCAUUGUAAUAAUAAUGCACUGCCAUAAACUGUUUCUUCAGUUUCCACAAAUGCUCUUUACAGGCAUUGAUAUUUUUGAAUCACAAUUUAACUGUAAAUAAGAGAAAACUGUAGGUAAUUUUAAUUUUUUUUUUUGUAGAUAGGAAAUUCAGAUUUAAUCCAACAAUGUGUGUACUUAAUAUAAAAAAAAGAAAUUGAUGCGAGUUGUCAUCAGAUAAUGUGGUAUAUUUUUCUAUGUUUGGUUUUGUGACUCCUUUCUAAAAUUAUAUGAACACAUUUACAUGCGAGAGGCAUGGUUUUAAAUAAAAUUGAAAGGAUUUUAUGACUUCAACUUCACAUAUAUUUAGUGCUGUAUCACAUGUACUCAUCACAGAUAAAUAUCUAAUUUUAAACAGAAACCAUUAGUAAGCACAAUGAAAUUUAAGGGCUGUACAAAUUGUAAAUAAAUUUAUUCAGAAUAGAUGCAUGGGAUUAUAUUACUUUGUGUCCCAAAUAAUAUGGCAGUUCAGAUAUUCUGUUAUGAAAUUUACACAGAGAUUAUAAUCUUCUAGAGUAUUUAUAUCUUUUCUAUGAUUGAUUAAACUGCUUUAAAAUGCACAUAUGGAAGCAGCUGACAAAGGGCUGUGACUUGCUUUGAUGUUUUAAAUGAUUUCUAAGGCAUUUUUAGUUGUAUCUUCCACAUUUCUUUACAUCCAAUUGACUCUCUCUCUUAGUCUUACUACAUUAAUGAAAUGCCAUGCUGCAAAGUGGUGAUUAUAACUACAGAAAUGCUAAUGAUUAAACAUUAAUAUUUUCAAAAGGCAAAAAUGUACAUCGCACUUGUAAAUAGUGGGACAUUUAGGCUGUAUGUUUCUAACUUUUUCCUGUAUCUGUUGCAAAAAAAUUAAUAAAGUGUUCAAUUCUAAA